GGGCUCAGUGGGGACACUGUGAUCCGCACCGCAGAUGAAGAAACUGUACAAGGUGCCCGAAUUCCCCUCGAAACGCCUGCCCAACUGGAGGACCAGAGGAUUGGAGCAGCGGCGGCAGGGCUUGGAGGCCUAUAUCCAGGGCAUCUUGUACCUGAACCGGGAUGUGCCCAAGGAGCUGCUGGAGUUCCUGAGUCUUCGGCACUUCCCCACAGACCCCAAGGCCAGCAGCUGGGGAGCCCUGGGGGAGUUCCUGCCUAGCGACAGCAGCUCGCAGCUGUACCACCGGCCGGUCAUCAGCUUCUGCGUGGACCCCUACAUUUGUAUCUCAUCCCCAGGUCUCAUUUCAGAGCCUCUGCCCAACGUGGUGGUGAAUGGCGUGCUCCAGGGCUUCUACAGCUUCAGCACCAGCACAGCUGACACCCAGCCGGAGGCUCCCUGUCACCCUGCACCUUUGCCACCAAUGCCUUGACCAACCCAGAGGCCUUUGGACCACCUGCCAGGACAGUCACGUGCCUCUGUCCUUGAGCCCUGUAAGAGACAGGGGCGGGGUCCCCCUUGGCUUGGACCCAGGACCUACCCACCCCAGGCCCAGAACCCAACUGCACCAGUGGCUGGGGUGAUAGACCUGCACUCUGGGUAGAGACAACAGAGGAUGAGGAUAAAGGGAGAAGUCAAUUUAGGAGGUAGGCUAUGAAAAGGUACAGGUGUAUUUCUUCACCUUCAUGGGGGGGAGGGAGCUGGCAAAGUUUAGAAGCAAGAAGCAAAAGCUUGACAGUCUGUGGUAGCAUCUGGGGAAAGGGUUCAGGCUGGAGCCCAAGGAGGGGACAAGCAGCCACUGCCUCAGAGUCCCAGGCUGAGCCGUAGACUUGAACAGAGAAGCUGCGGGCCCAAGAACCAAGCCCACACACAGGUUAUAAAAAAACCCACCUUAUUUUUUUAAUUGGUCAGUGAUGGUAGAAGUUUGUUACAAAACUGGGCCUGUGGAAUGUGAGGGGCGGGUCCGCUCUGUCAGACAUCCGCACUAGGGCUGGUGCAGCAGAGCCCGGUGGAGGGCUGUCUUCACUCCCCCCGAGAGGG